AUGGCAUCCGGACCCAUCAUGCUGGUCCCCCUGUGUCUGGUGGAAAACAAGAAUGAGCAGCUGUGUGUGAACCAAAAAGCCUUGAAGAUUCUUUACAAGAUUUCUCAGCCUGUGGUAGUUGUGGCUAUUGUAGGACUGUGUUGUACAGGAAAAUCCUAUUUGAUGAAUCGUCUUGCAAGAGAAAAGUAUGGAUUUCCUCUGGGCUCCACCGUGACUUCUGAAACUAAGGGCAUCUGGAUGUGGUGUAUGCCCCACCCCUCCAAGCCAAACCACACUCUGGUCCUUCUGGACACUGAGGGCCUUGGCAAUGUGGAAAAGAGUGAUCCUAAGAAUGAUUCAUGGAUCUUUGCACUGGCUCUGCUUCUGAGCAGCACUUUAGUCUACAACAGCAUGAGCACCAUCAACAAUGAUUCCUUGGAGAAGCUGCAAUAUGUGACAGAGCUCACGGAACUAAUCAGGGCAAAGUCCUCCACAAGACCUGAUAGAAUGGAAGAUUCUACAGAGUUUGUGAGUUUCUUUCCAGACUUUAUCUGGAUUGUACGGGAUUUCACCCUGGAGCUGAAGUUGAAUGGUCGCCUUAUUACUGAAGAUGAGUACUUAGAGAAUGCUUUGAAGCUGAUUCCAGGUGACAAUCCCAAAGCUAAAAACUCUAAUAAGAUCAGAGCAUCUAUCAGACAUUUCUUUCCACAACGAAAGUGUUUUGUCUUUGAUCGACCAAAAUAUGAAAAGGAUUUUCUGGCUAAUAUUGAGGAUAUUUUAGAUAACCAACUGGAUCUUAAAUUCCAGGAACAAUCAAAUAAUUUCUGUUCUUACAUCUUCACCCAUGCAAGAACCAAGACCCUUAUGGAAGAAGUUAAGAUCACUGGAAAUCAGCUGGGUACUCUAGUGGUGACUUUCAUCGAUGUCAUCAACAGUGAAGAGGUACUUUGUUUAGAGAAUGUGAUGACAACUCUGGACUUAGCUGCUGUGCAGAAGGCAGCUGAUCACUACAGCCAGCAGAUGGUCCAGCAAGUGAGGUUCCCCACAGACACACUCCAGGAGCUGCUGGAUGUUCACGUGGCCUGUGAGAGGGAAGCUGUUUCAGUCUUCAUAAAGUAUUCUUUCAAGGAUGGAAAGGGGGAGUUCCAGGAGAAGCUCAUGGAAACCAUAAAAAAUAAGAAAGAAGAAUUCUUGCUGCAGAAUGAAAAGGCAUCUUUUACAUUUUGCCAGUCUAAACUUAAUCAGAUUUCAAAAACCCUAAUGGAAAGUUUUUCAUCAGGAAGGCUCUAUGUUCCUGGAGGAUACAACCACUAUAGGGAUGCAAGGAAACUAAUUGAAUGGAGCUACUCACAAGUGCCUAGGAAAGGAGUUAAGGCAAACGAGGCCCUCCAGCAUUUCCUGAAGUCACAAGUGGCAAUAGAGGAAUGCAUCCUGCAGGCAGAUAAAACCCUCACUGAUGAGCAAAAGGCCAUAGCAGCAGAGAGGGCCAGAAAGGAAGCAAUUAAGAAAGAACAGGAGCUGUUAAGACAGGAACAGAAGGAGCAGCAGAAGAUGGAACCUCAAAAGGGAAACUUGAAGGAAAACGUAGUUCAACUGAGAGAGAAGCUGAAGAUGAAAAGAGACAAUGAUCUGGGAGAGUUAACAAGGAUCCUGGAGCAUAAAUUGAAGGUAUCUCCAGGUGUGGAUAGCCUGCCAAGUUACCACUCAGUGUUGGGGGAAUCCUCUCUUUUCCUACUUGAAAGUGUUUAUAUCAGAUUUCCUGAUCAGAUUAUGAAUUCCACAACAUGUGUGACCAUGUCGUUCCAAAGGGGAACUGAGAAUUUAUGUAAGUGGACUCAUGGCUUCCCCUAA